UGGGCGCGUUCCAACAUGACUGUUUUUGAUGGGAACCACGUGACCAGCUCCUCUCGUAGGACGUCCCCCUCCCUCCUCCCCCUCGGUCUUCAUAGUCCAAAACAAACACGUCUCAGAUCAGGGGACAAAUUUGGGCAGUGCCUGCUAAAAACCUCUCAACGUGAAACUGUUUAUAUCCACGGGACUGUCACUCACACGUUGCGUUGCUCUGACUGCGUGGAAGGAGAAAAAGUUACGGCUCGACUUGAAAACGUCCACUUUGGCAAACGCCGAUGGGACAUGGCUGUUGCUUCUACAUCGACUUCAACCGGACCGGCGAUGGCGUCCGACUCUGAGCUCUCCCGCCUCGGAGGCAUCGAGGCCCUAAAGUUGACGGUGGGGCCGACCCGAAGGAAUCUUUUCGGCCCGGUCGACCACCAGCAGCUGCAGAAGGACUUCCAGCGGCUGCUCUGCAUGAACAUGGAGGUGGCCAACAAGCGCUGGAACUUUGACUUCCAGAGGGACACUCCCGGGGAGGGCUCCGGCGUGGAGUGGGUGGGGCUCAGGUGCCAGGACGUGCCGGCGUUUUACCACAGCUGCACCGUGCGGCCCGCGUCCAGGGCUGCGAAGGCCACACGGAGGGCGUCGACGUCAUCUGGAGAGGGCUCCCCCAUGUCCUGCAGCUUCUCUGGGGAUGAAUAUCUGGAGGUGACCACCAGGGGGUGCUUUCCCAUCAAGCUCUCAGGGAAGCGCAGACAGUCCAACAUCACAGAUUACUUCAAGGUGAAGAAAAGGAAGCUUCUGCAUUCCAAAGUGUCUUCUCGGCAGUAGGCGAGCACGCUCCCACCGAGCCGAUGACCACAAAGAGGAAAGCCUCCACAGAGAUGUACAUAUGUAGCAACCUGUAAGUGACUGUCCGCCUAAAUGCCAGGGACUCAGAAACCUCCAUAUGCCUCCAAAAUUCAGCACAAUGAAGCUAUUGCCUUCCUAUGUAGUCAAGUACAAACUCUAGAGACAUUUUCUGUGGAGAUAUAUAUAUAUAUAUAUAUAUAUAUAUAUAUAUAUAUAUAUAUAUAUAUAUAUAUAUAUAUAUAUAAGUAUCUGCGGCUUUGAUCAUACUGUGAAAUCCCUCUGAAUGCACUCGUUCACCAAACUACAACCGAACAGCGACUCAUCCUCUGAGGUUCACUUUCCUCCCAAAUGGUGUUGACCUCAGUGCCUGACCCCCCCCCCCCUUUUUUCUUCCUUUUUUGUCCCUCUCGCCACAAACCAUUAGAGGCUUCAAGUCGCCCACGCCGGCGUGCGCUCUGUCCUCCGGCUUCACUUUCACCCCAGGCCUCGAAAGGCCUGAGUUGAACCGCGGGUCAAAACUGCACCCGGGUGCAACCAGGCGACUGCCUCCAGGUUGAAAGGUCGGCGGAGUCACCGAGGACUUGUGACUGUGAAAUUAAAGAGAGUAAUAGUGAGACUUAUUUAUCAUGUUUUUUUGUGUGUUUUUUUAAAGAUGGAAGGUCAAACUAAAGCCCCCAAAUUCCCCCUCCAGAGUUGCCAUUCCAAAGUAGCAGACAGACGCAUGAAAGUGUGUAUUAACUGUACUCUAUUCCGCUUUUAGCUUGUAUUUUUUUUUUUUUUUUUUUGCAUGAACUGGUGUAGAAAUUGUUUUGGCGAUCGCGCUUUUGACAAUGUAGCUUUUUUACCCUCUCAUCCUCAGAGUGAUGUCGGAACUUUAGUGUUUUAUUUUUAUUUUUUAAAGCCCUCUUUCCUCCAUGAAGUUGUGCAGCCUGACACUUUAGCGCCUGGAGGUUUUCCUUCCGUUCGUUAAGCUCCAGGCGGCUCAUUAGUCUGUUGCUGAAUCGCUUCACUGUUGCAGCGAUCACAUGCGGCUCCUCAAAGGAGGAGUUGAAACUUUGACAUUUGUGAGUAAAUAAAAGUCAGAUUCAGACUUUUCCCAGCUUUUUCUACCUCAUAAAGGGAUUCUAUUCAACUAAAAUAAUAAAAGUCAGUGCAGCUCAGGUUGUCGUGGUAACGUUUGGGGUCACUGUCCACCUAUAAGGUGUUGCCUCACUUAAGGAAAAACGGCAAUGACGGGAAAAGGAGUUGAAACUUAAAUAAACCGCCCCUUCAUGAGAAAUAUCCUAUACUUAUAUCCUAUAAGUCAGACAUCUUUAAGUCUUCCUGUCUCUUUGUUACCCAUCAUCCUCUGCUUCUGUGGAACAAAAACGGCAUUUAAACAUUUGAAAAUUACAAAGUUUGUUUAUCUGUUUUCUAUGGAGCCCUAUACAUGACAUGAAAACAAACAACAAAUUGUUUCCUCUAAUUGAAAAUGUGUGGCCAGGAAUUGGUAUUUUUUGCACUCAAAUUAGUAUUUUGUGGGGGAAAAAAUUGAAUUUUGUGUGCAGAAUUUAGUUUUUUAAUACAAAUCAGCAUUUUGUUCUCAAGAACUAGUAGUGGUAAUUGAAGCUACAAAAUACUUAUUUGUGUUCAAAAAUGAUUCAUUUGAUGGAUUCAUUGUUAAUGUCAUGUCCAGGCCUCCAUAGUUUUCCCAUCGUGUGUCUUUUUUCUCUCCAAACCCUCAAAGUUUGUGUUAACUUUUUCCAGAUUUCCUUCUUCUCGUCAUCUAAGAAGCUGUAUUAUCUCCCAAAAAACUAAAGUCUUUGCACUACUUUCAAGUGGACUAAAGAAUUGUUUUUGACAUGUUUGCAAAAAACAAAUUAGAAACAUUUUUCCUUCCAUUGUACACUUUUAUGAUGUUUUUCUUUGUUUUUGUUUUUUAAAUGAAAGGCAAAAUAACAAAGUUUGCAGCUAUAUCAAAGUUUAUUCUUUGUACUUUGUAUAUGCAUGAAUGUAUUAUACUUGCAAAGAAAUUGUAAUAAUAGUGUUAUUGUAAUUUAAUUGUAUCUUUGAAUUGUUUUAUUGCUUUAUAACAUUCAUAUUCUAGGAAAUACCUGUCUUUUGGGUUGUUGGUGCACUGUUGCCUUUUGUGUUGAUUUCACAUGGAAUAAAAAAUUAACUCAUACU